AUGCGAUUCAGUCUUAUCUUAGCAGUGCUUGCGGUGGCCUUUGCGGAAAUUAUACCGAUCGAGUCCAUAGACCAGUUCUAUGAUUUGGCCAAUAAAGAUGGGACCUAUACAGUGGUCAAGUACUACACGGAAUGGUGUUCACAUUGCAAGAAACUGAAGUCGGUGUACAAGGAACUUGACGAGCAGCUCAGUAGUGAAUCCAACCUGAAUGCCCCAAUACAGUUUGUCGAAGUUGAUUGUGACACAUAUGGCUCUACCAUAUGUAAGAGACUACCGGGCUAUCCCAUAGUGGAGGUGGUGAAACCACCUACGCUAGAUGCCAACACUACUGUGACAGACACUCCAACUUUGUUUGAGAGAGUAAAGAGAGCUAUAUUUGGUGAGAAUACAUGGACUAUAAGCGAUGACAGGAUCGUUCGGUUCGAAGGCAGCAGAUCGGUAAACCCCUUGCAAGGUUUUAUAACAAUGGUAGUUAACAAGGACGUCAUGAAACGCCAGCUAAUGGAUAUUAUAGAGGGUCGUCCAAUUGAAGCCCAGGACAAAGUACUGAACGCCAUUAAAGAGUACUACAACGAGCUCGAGCACAACAAUCUGGUCCAUGAACGAGCAAGGCUAGAGAGAAUACUUAAAACGAACGAUGACGGGCAACUAGACAUAGUCAAGGGCCAAUUAGAACUCAUCAAUCUGCUCGAGACCACUAAUGAGAUAGUAGAUGAACUAUAG